CAUCAUUCGUGCAUUUAUAUAUGAAGCGAGCUUUGCUCACAGCGCCGCAGAAGCCAAGAUAUUCUUGAGAUAGCAGAGUGCAUUAUUCGUGAUCGUGUCUUUGUUCUUCAAGCAUCUAAUUCUACUCAAAUAGCACAAAGGACAACACCGUCAUCCAUUAAAAAUGGCAUCAGGAAAAGCUAAUAAAAAAGUUGCAGCGCUGGCCAUUGACCUGCCGGAAUGUCCAGUUUGUUUGGACACGAUGUGCGCCCCCAUCUUCCAGUGUCAAUCGGGACACAGCCUUUGUAAUAACUGUACGCAGAACCUGCUGCCGCCAGUAUGCCCAAUAUGCCGUCAAAACAUGACGCAGAUGAGGAACUGGCAGCUCGAGGAAAUUAUUGCCAAGGCAAAAGUGCCGUGUCCUAAUAAAUCAUCUGGAUGCGUGUACACCAUGAUGGCAGUGGAUUUGGAAGACCAUCUUAAAGAAUGCAUCUUCCGCGAAAUGCACUGCCCACUCGGAGCUGUCUUCGGAAAGUGUUCCUGGACAGGUAAAUUAAAAGAUAUGAUGGAACACUUUAAGGAUCGUCACGCGGAGAACUGCGGCGUCACCACUGACGAGGAAGUGGAACUUGCCAACGUCAAUAUAAAAAAUGAUGAUCGUCAUCUCUUCUUGGUAGCACAAGCUAAGUUUAUUUUUAUUGUCACCGUGAAAAUGGAUACUCUCCAGAACAUGGUGUACUGGACCAUUCAGCACAUUGGCAGUAAGAAAGUGGCAUACGAUCAUAUUUAUGAGAUACAUCUGCUAAGCAAGCAGACUCCAAGAAGGAAAAUUGUAUUCACGGAACAUUGCUUCAAUGAUGCUGUUAAACCUGAAGAGGUAUUUCGUGAAGGCAAAUGCCCCAUGUUGCCACUGGAGGUAUUGACUAACUACAUCAAAGACAAGAAAUUGUCUUUCAGAUUCUUUAUCAAGAGGAUCCCACCAGUGGUACCCAAAAGUAGUAAUGAUAAGGGGAAAAAUGACAACAAACCAAAUCCUGGACCGGGACCGGGACCAAAAGGUCCUGGGCCGAAGGGACCCAAACAAGCAGAUGGGAAAAAUAAACAAAAUGGACCGGGUCCUGUUGGAAAGAAUCAGAAAACUAAAGCUUAGUUGUAAUAUCAUGACUUAUUUGCUGUUCCACGUUUUCAAUGUACUCGAAAUCUGGAACCUUACUACUAAGAUACAUUUAUGUGACUAGGUCGACUCGUUACAAUGAGGAUUAGGUUGAGAUUGGAGGCCAAUUCUAAUGAUUACGUGCCGCACAUUGGGACUCGUAAUUACUUUAUUUUUAUAUAAAACACGUGUACCUGAUAUAAUAAUAAGGCUGUCUUUAGCUGUUCGCCUUGCGAACGAUUGCAUUAGGAAAAUAAGAUCUUGUACACAAAUUAAAUCAUCAUUAUUUUUUUAUAUUUGAUGGGCCGACUUGUCGGUGACCGCAUGAUCAGUUACCACCUAACGAGGUCACUAUCUCAUAAGUAGUGGUAAGCGAUGAUGCGGCCUAUGAUGAAGCACGUUCAUCCUUAGUCAACCUUUGACACCCCGUCACAGAUACACCUAAAUGUAUCCAGUAUAAAACCGAAAGGCUUGUAAACUUACGCCUGUGUUAAAGCCGGGCCUCCACAAGCACAUCAUCGUGGAAGAGCCUCUUGGCACGCCUCUCGAUGGUAUCCAUGGUAUGGUAUGGUCCGGCUGGUAUUUAGCCGAACUGUCCCAAAGAUGAGAACUGUACUCCCUACAGGAUCGAACCUGUGCUUGUUACAGGCUCGGCAAAUAUUUCGGCGUGAAGUACCGUCUUACCAUAUACUCCAUAAAAUACCCAGGCC